AUGUAUUUAAAGAGACUUCAGGAAACACAAGUCUCCGCUAUCAUCAUGAUCACCCUCACUCAUAACGAUGUCUUAAAAGUUUGCCUUGUGCUAGUUCUCUUUGCAAAACCCAGUCAAUUCUCGGUUUUCAGAUGCUCUGUCUUUCAUGCUCAGUGGAGGCAACUGAUCCAGAAUAACCUACCUCAUCUCUGCAGAACAAAUGAAGAAAUUCCACUGCAAUGCAUACACGAACUGACAGACUUCCGAUUUCCUCGGGAAGUUCUUGAAGUCAGUAAUGGAGACAAUGCAGUUAUAAUCUAUGAGCUCCUCCAACAGAUUUCUUGCCUUCUUUCAAAUGCCCAUUUCUACCAAGCCUGGAACUCAACAUGUUUCGAAAACCUAAAGAACGUCCUUUACCAGCAAACGAAGAGCCUAGAAACGUGCUUGAAUGCAACUGAGAUGCACAAGGGACCAAGGAAUUGUGACAACGUGACAUCUUAUUUGCUAAUUCUAAAAGUGAAAAGAUAUUUUCAAAGAAUCAACAAUUUCCUAACUGUGAAGCAAUAUAGUAGUUGUUCCUGGGAAAUGAUCCAUUUAGAAAUUAAAGGAUGCCUGCUGUUCAUAACCCAUCUUCUUAAAAUGCUCUAA